AUGAACCAGGAAAUAGCACAAAGUCUAAAAAACUAUUUAGAUGAUAAACAACAAAAGGCGAAAGUAGUCGAAAUCUACGACUUUGAAAAAGCAAAAGUUAAGUAUUCGGAGGAAAUAAAAAGUCAUCGAGAGAUAAACAAAUUUGGCAGUGAAGAAAUGGUUAGAGCCUAUAUUCUUGCUAAACUAGUCAAUGAAUUAGACUACGAACCGAAGAACAUUGAAUUAGAAAAAGAAUAUCAUAUAGGAACACCAAAAACGACUAAACCAAGAAUUGACAUAAUUGUUAGGGAUGAUAAUGGAGAUGCUUAUCUUCUUGCUUCGCAGGAAAAAGGUCAAGGUAAGAAAGUAAAAUACCUAGUCUUAUAUUCUAUUGAUGCAAUUGAAGACACAAUAAAAGAUGAGGCAUAUGGAGAGGCUCAAAAGGAACCAUAUGUUAAAGGUGGCAAAAGAGAUUUAGAAAAGCAAAUUUCUUCUAGCAAAUUAAAUGAAGAUGAAAGCGAAACGGAAAGUGGUAAAGAAUAUGUUUUUCAAACUAAGAAAGCAGAAAGUAAUGAACAACUAUUUGAAAGAAUUAAUAACUUAUACAAGAAAGCAUUAAAUAAAAGACUAAAUCUUACUGAUCAAAAAAAACUCAAAAAGAGUUUUGUAGUAGAUGAAAAUAAAAGAAAUUCUGAAAGCAAAGAUAUACUAGGCUUGCAGUUAGAUAAAUUAGCAAUUGAGAAAGUAAAUAACGAACAAGAACUUCCUUAUUUGAUAGAUCCUGCUGCUGGAAGCGGAACUUUUCUUAUUGAAUACAUGAAAUUUAUCACUGAAAAUCUGAAAAUAAGAUUUAAAGAUAAACUUUCAGACACCGAGGAUAUAAAAAAUAAGCAUUCAGAAUGGUUCUCUGAUAAUAGAGAAAAUAAUUGA